CCAUUAACUGAGGGUAAUCAUUCAUAAAUACGAUUAUGUCCUAUAAUUGUGAUCAAGAUAGAUCGGAAGUUCCGCGUCGACCUAGCUUGUCAUGGAAAAUGCAACGUAGCCUUAAAAAAGUUAAAAAGAGCAUUCAAAGAAUAACCGAGAAUUUUCAGGACGAAGAAAAGCAGGAAACGUACGUCCUUCCAGAACGAUUGUCUUCUUUGAUCCACGGUACAGGAUUUUCAAAGGAAGAGAUACAAAGACUAUAUCGUGCUUUCAAACAGUAUUGUCCAAGAGGAACCGUUACUACCAAUGAUAUCAAGCCAGCCUAUGCGAAACUCUUUCCACUGGGUGAUUCUGCAAAAUAUGCACAAAUGGUAUUCAAUAAUUUUGAUAAAGAUAAGGACGGCAUUGUCACCUUUGGAGAUUUGCUUCUAGGAAUAGCGACGAUCGUAAAAGGAACUACCGAUGAAAAGCUUAGAUGGAUAUUUCAAUUUUAUGAUUUGAAUGGCGACGGUUGGAUCUCGAAACACGAGAUGAUCACCGCUAUCUUUGCAAUUUAUGAAAUGGUAAACAAUGAUCAAACUGUUUGGAGUAUGGUAAACAGGCACGUGGACAGACUUUUUGAAAAGAUGGAUACUGAUAAGGACGGAAUGAUAUCCAUAGAGGAAUUCAUAGCCAGCUGCAAAAAUGAUACUCUUAUUCAAAAUCAACUGACGGAAUUUAAUAAUUUUUGGUGGUAACAUAGACUGAAAACAAUGUCCAUAGUACCUAAAAUAUAUGCUCUAAUAUCCUUUAUAAAUUCAGUACAAAUAUUAUAUAUCUGACUGAUCCUUUUUUAAUCAAUUAUUUUGUAAAAAUGUAAUUUGAUCCCAUAAUAAAUAAAAAUUAUCAUAAAAUUUCGCUCUAACGAGUAAUCACUUCGCCGUACUUCAUAGAUCGUACGAUCAUUAUAUUAUAAAUAAAGUAAGGAAUAGAUUUGGAAUUGUCUUAUAUAUUGAUAUAACUAAUGUAGAAGCCAUUUGUACCUCUUCAAAACAGUCGCUUUUGUAAAAUAUAAAAGACACAAGCAAGGAAAAAAGCAAA